UUCUGAUCAUAGAGAAGCCAGCGGAGACGCCCACUUCCGGCCGUUCGGAGUGCUUCGCGGUUACAGACGCAGUGCUGAGCCCAUAGUUGCAACACAAAGAGUGACGCCGGGAGCCCGAGUCAUGGCAGCGACUGAGCCAAGCCUGGCGGCCACCGACGACUCCGCGACAGUGCCGUCGGAGCGGCAGGAGGGAGCUGGCCCGAGCUCAUACCCCGAGCCUAAUAAGGCGAUCUCCUCGAAUCCUGAGGCCCCUUCGCCUGCCCCCGAGUCCUCCAGCCCCAGCGCCGCGGCCCCGGAAGCGCAUCGUUCGCCCCCCGCGGCGCCUUCCGCGGCCCUGGAGCUACCUCUUGCGCCCGCACCCCUGGGCUCCACGCCUCAAGCCGGAGCCGGCCAGCGCUCCCCCGCAGGCGCGGGCGGCUCCCGGCCCGGCCCCGAGACGUUCCGCCAGCGUUUCCGGCAGUUUCGCUACCAGGAUGCGGCGGGCCCCCGGGAGGCGUUCCGGCAGUUGCGGGAGCUUUCCCGCCAGUGGCUGCGGCCCGACAUCCGCACGAAGGAGCAGAUGGUGGAGAUGCUGGUGCAGGAGCAGCUACUGGCCAUCCUGCCCGAGGCGGCGCGGGUCCGGAGGGUCCGACGCCGCGCGGACGUGCGCAUCACCGGCUGAGCUGCCGAGCCCGGCGCUCUCCGGACUGGGGCCAUGGUGGAUCCGGGAGCCGGAGCCUGGCUCCCCACCCGGUAUUAAUGAAAAACGAGUUUUGACAGUUCCUGUGGUCUGCUGUGUCUUUUUCGUUCGUCCUUUAUUGGGUUUAUUUACCAAGCUUACUUCCCACCUUUUCUAGUUGAUGGCCAGAGUAAAUUGGGAGCGCAAGAGAAUGACGCCUUUACUUGCUGUUUUUGGCUAUUAUGAGAUCCUUAAAUGUUGGUUACACCUGGGCUGCCCCUCCACACCUGCGAAGUUUUUCUGAACCUGGACUCACAAGGACACACCUGGGUUUUCUCUAAAUGAAGGGCUAUGUCACGAAGAGUCCAGCAGUCUUGAGUUCCAUGCCACCCUACCUCUUACUAGCUAGUAUCUCAGCUUGUUUUCCUACCUGCGAAGGUAAGAUGAUAGUGAUUUGUGGUUGUGGGAUUCCUGCAGGCGAAAUAGGUGGCUGUAUUGAAUGCUCACUUAACUGGCUACCUCUAUACAAAUACAGCUUUUUGUAUUUGUAACAACUUGCUCCACCUGCCCUUUGGGCACAGGCUUCCCAAAAGCCCCACAUUAUUGGGCUAUUUUAAUAUGAAAUGUUUUACUGUUUGCCACCUCACAAACUAUGUCUUGUUUGUGAGCUCUUGCUUAUGCCUCUAGACUUGCUCACCUCCUUCCUUGGGAAAUUUUGGACCUGUGGUAGGAAUUAAAAAGCAAAACUGAUGUUUUUACUGAGGAAAAACCUAAAUAAACCUUUCUUUCUCUCCAACACUUGUCUCCCGGACAUUGGUUUCUCUGUGGAAUGAGCUUGGAGGUAACAGUGUGAACCAAUGGGUUAUUUACAAUAGUGAAGCUAUUUUAAUGUCUCCAGUGGUGUUUCUUCCUCCUUCCCCCUUUAAAACCAGCGUAAUUACUUAGGGAAGAAUUUGGCAAGUAAUGAAGAUGAUAUACUAUGAAAUCUCAAAGCCCUGCUCUUCCUUGAGGCUUCUGCACAUCCAGAGAAGAGCUAGGUGGGGUCCAUAAACAGUUCAGGUUGGU